AUGGAUAAAUGGGAGAAAGUCACUACACCGAAACAGAGGAAAGCCAGCAUGCAAGAUCCGCUGCCCCCGAGAGUCCCCUCGGAAAUACGGAAGAGGUCUCCCACCAGACUGAUCCCAGCUCUAUAUCCUUUUAUGCAUUCUAAAAUUGAUUCAGCCUGUGAAAGAGAUCUACAAUGUGGAGUUGGAUCUUGCUGUGCAAUCAGUCUGUGGUUACGUGGACUAAGAAUGUGUACCCCAAUGGGACAGGAAGGAGAGGAAUGUCAUCCAUUCAGCCAUAAGGUUCCCUUCCAUGGUAAGCGCCUUCAUUACACCUGUCCCUGCAUCCCUAGUCUUGUUUGCUCAAAGUUUCUCAAUGGAAAAUACCGGUGUUCACUUGAUUUUAAGAAUAUGGACUUUCAAUAA